AGCUCUGUCCCUCUCCCGGACAGGAGCCUGACGAUGCCUGGCUUUGGGCGAGCGGAGCACGUCUUCACCCCCCUGUUCGCGAAGGGGUGCCCACCGCCGGGGACCCAACGAGGCAGGUUUUGGCAGAAAGGCGGGCAGGACGCCAGCAGCCUAGAAAGGGCUUGGAUCAAGUCAAUCGCCGAGCGCCGGCCGAGGCGGGCGGCAGCGGAGGGCCGGGGAAGGAAGGCCGAGGGCCGGCGGGCUCCGCCUCGCCUCAGCCCGCCUCGCCUCAGCCCCUCGCCGGCCGGCCGCCUCACCCAGCGCCCCGGCGGCGGCCGUGGGCAGCGCCGGCCCCCGGGCGGACGCUCGCCCCCGCCCCGGCCGCUCUCUCUAGGACCUGCGAUGAGUUUGCCCGCCGGAGCCGGCCUCAGCGCCUGCGCGGAGGGAGGCGCCGAGCCCCUUAUCCCCAUGGAGAGCGCCGAGGCCGAGCCGAGCGAUAGCCGCCCGGAGGAGGACGGCGCCGCGCCCCGCAGCGGCCUCCCGCCUCCGGAGCAGCCCGUAGCCACGAUGGAAGACUGUUUGGCAAAAAAAAUGGAAAUCACUGUUUCAGAAGCUGAAAAACGGACUGGGAGAAAUGCCAUGAACAUGCAAGAAACGUACACUGCUUACCUCAUUGAGACAAGAGCUGUUGAAUCCCAGAGUGAGGGACAGUGUGCCCCGGUGGACUCCCUAUGGCGACGUUACAGUGAAUUUGAGUUGUUGAGGAAUUAUUUGUCAGUUACCUAUCCACAUAUUGUUGUUCCACCUUUGCCAGAAAAAAGGGCUGACUUUGUUUGGCAUAAGCUAUCAGCAGAUAAUAUGGAUCCAGAUUUUGUGGAAAGAAGAAGAAUCGGUUUGGAAAACUUCUUGUUACGUGUGGCUUCACAUCCUGUUCUUUGCCAAGACAAAAUCUUUUAUUCAUUUUUAACGCAGGAGGGUGGAUGGAAGGAAAUGGUGAAUGAGACUGGAUUUCAGUUAAAGGCAGAUUCCAGAUUAAAAGCUCUUAAUGCAACAUUCAGAGUGAAAAACCCAGACAAGAGAUUUACUGAGCUAAAACACUAUAGCGAUGAACUGCAGUCUGUCAUAUCACACCUUCUGCGAGUCAGAGCUAGGGUAGCAGACCGGCUAUAUGGUGUCUAUAAAGUCCAUGGCAACUAUGGAAGAGUAUUCAGUGAGUGGAGUGCAAUAGAAAAGGAGAUGGGGGAUGGGUUGCAGAGUGCUGGCCACCACAUGGAUGUAUAUGCAGCUUCUAUUGAUGACAUACUGGAAGAAGAGGAACAUUAUGCAGAUCAGCUGAAAGAAUAUCUCUUCUAUGCAGAAGCACUACGGGCAGUUUGCAGGAAACACGAACUAAUGCAAUAUGACUUGGAAAUGGCUGCACAGGACCUAACAUCUAAGAAACAGCAGUGUGAGGAGCUGGCAACAGGAACUGUGAGAACAUUCUCCCUGAAAGGGAUGACCAGCAAGCUCUUUGGGCAGGAAACCCCCGAGCAGAGGGAAGCCAAGAUAAAGGUUCUAGAAGAGCAGAUACAGGAAGGAGAAGAACAACUUAAGUCUAAAAAUCUGGAGGGCAGAGACUUUGUGAAAAGUGCCUGGGCCGACAUUGAACGGUUUAAAGAGCAAAAGAAUCACGAUUUGAAGGAGGCGCUUAUAAGCUAUGCUGUUAUGCAGAUUAGCAUGUGCAAAAAGGGAAUUCAAGUUUGGACAAAUGCAAAGGAAUGCUUCAGCAAGAUGUGAUUAUCUGGAAAUGAAUUCCUCCUCCAAGUGCCCGAGAACGGAAGCACAAAUGUAUAACACCAAUGUUAAGUUGCUACAUGACUUACAUAUAAAUCAUGAAAUAAAUGAGUUGAGUGAA